AUGACGAGCCUUAAUGCAGGGGAAGAUUUUCCCGACCCUAUUAUUAUACCCGAUGAGAGCGACACACAGAAUAUCGCAGCUGCAUCAGAUUCUACACAAACAGCCGGACGGCCCUUGAGUACCUCGGGAUACGUGGAGGCCACGGGGGUACUCGUUGGGUUGAACACUAGUGCACAGGGGGCCUCGACCUCCCGCAAGCGAAAACGGACGAAAUUGAAGGAACUUUCCGACUUGGUAUGUCCGAGUUUUGUGGCCUGA